AUGUGUAUUCAUGAUGAUACAGGAAGUACCGAAUUUGUACAGCUGAUAGCAGCCACACAGGCUCAGUAUAUUGUGUUCAUGCUUCGGUUCACAUCACACAGCAGAGUUUCACUUGGUGUUUGGUGUGGAGAUUGGAACAUCAGUCUGCCAGAGAAGAUUGAAGCUCUGAAUGGAUCCUGUGUGACCAUAAACUGCAGAUUUGAUAUUAAUAACAUAUAUGACAAAUAUCUCACUGACAGUGCUGCAGGGGUGUGGAGUAAAGAUGGACAUCAAAACAACAAUAUUGUGUUUAACUCCAGCAACUCCAAACUCUCUUUUAAAGGGGAAAUAACUGGAAAAUUAAAAGACAAGGAAUACUCUCCCUCCAAGCCCACAGUGCAGAUGUUUAAGGAUCAGAUGGAGGUGUUAGAGAGGAGCUCUAUGUGUCUGCGCUGCUCUGCUAAGACUCUCUGCUCCUCUUCUCCACCAACUCUCACAUGGAGCUCCACUGACAGACUCCACCUCAAUGAGAACAGCAGACUACAGCUGGAUCAACAGAAACAAACUGAGAUCAUCUCUGAUCUGAACUUCACUGCUACUCACCUUCAACAUGUAGUCACUUUCAUCUGCACUAUAACCUACCAGCUACAGCAGAGGAACACAACAGCACAGAGCUACAUCACAUUACGUGUUCAGUAUGCUCCUAAAAACACAUCAGUGUCUGUGUUUCCAUCUAACUCUGUACUGGAGGGCAGUUCAGUGACUUUGAUCUGCAGCAGUGAUGCAAAUCCAGCAGUGUUCAACUACACCUGGUACAGAGAGAAUGGAGGACAGCUGAAGGAGCUGCAGACUGGAUAUAAUCUCACCUUCAAUGUGACUGAUCGUACACACACAGGACGCUACUACUGUAAAGUCAGAAACCAACAUGGUACCGUAAACACAUCAGUGUUGCUGGACAUUCAGUAUGCACCGAAAAUCUCUCUCUUUAGUUGUAACAGAACUAAUGUAACUGUGUGUUUGUGUGAGGCUAAUGGGAAUCCCUCUCCUAAAAUGAAGUGGUUUCUAUCUGGACGUCCUGUCAGUAACUCUACAAACACAUUCAUCAGUGAGGAGCGAUUGAACAGCACAGACUUGAGGAGCUUCAUUUCUCUCCAUCAGUCACUUACACACACAGACACUCUGCAGUGUGUCACCAUCAACACUCAUGGCACUGCCAGUCAACAGAUUCAACUGUUUAACUGUUCUCAUGAGACAACAGGUAUCAGUGUUUUCUCUGUGCUGAUCGGAGCUGCUAUUGGAGUUUCAAUAAUGAUAAUCUUGUUUGUCAUCAUCCAUCUCUGUAAACGAAGAGAAAACAGCAGAUCCUCAAAGACAAGACAAGAAGACAUCAAUGGACUUAAUCUGACUGACAGGGAGAAUGAAGCACCUGUUUAUGUCAAUAAAGCUGUGUUGUCACCUGAUGAAGAUGCUUCACUGAAUUACCCACAAUCCCUUCAUUAUUCCUCCAUUGACUUCACAAAAACCCAAAUAGAGUCAAAAGAGGUCAGAGGCAUCUCUUCACUUAGUACUGUCUAUGCUGAUGUCCGACAUUAUUCAGGACAAGAGGAAGAAAAGAGCUCUGGAAGCGUUGAACCUCCAACAGCAAAAUCUCAAGAGUUAAGAUAGCAGACAGUAAAGCAAGUGAUCCACAAAUCAGUACAAACAAUGAGCAAACUCAGUCAUAGAAAAGUUACCCAGAUUUGAAGUCAUGUGAGGCUUUAAACACUGCCACCCAAAGAAUUAAAAAAUAGGUCACUUUCUAAAAUUUCACAUUUUAUGCAACUUAUUUUUCAAAAUAUUUUAAAGAUAUUCACCAAGAGUUUUAUAUGUAAAAAAGGAGGGCAUCAGAGCCAGUGUUUGUCAUGUUUUAUUAUGUUUGCCUCUUGAGUGCAGCAAUUUUGAACAAUGUUAAACAAAACAAAUAUCAACUAAAUGUAAUUGUUGUGCAAUUAACUUAUAAAGUACACUAUUAAUCAUAAAUGAAAAUCAAUGUAGAAUGAUUUUAUGUUUUUGCUUUAAAUGU